UCUUCCAUUACUUUGCAGACAUUUUGUCGUGCCUUGAAAGCAUAAGAAAUUCCAUUUUUACCAAGUUGCAAGAAAAGCGAAACUUAAAAAGAUGAAAACUUGGAAUCAUUGAAAGUGACCCGUUUGUUUUUUGUGUAUAUAGGGCUGUAACAGGAUUCUUUAGACAAGUCAAUCCCGGCAAUGGCUAAGCCUUGUCUGAUCUAUUACAGCCUUUUCUUUUCUUGCAUACUCUAUGGCUUCCUGUUCUUGUGCCAAGCAGCUCCAGAGAGUGCCUUGGUUACUCAGAUUCCUGGGUUUAAUGGGUCCUUUCCUUCAAAACACUAUGCUGGGUAUGUGAGUAUUGAUGAAGUUCAUCGGAAGAAUCUCUAUUACUAUUUUGUGGUUUCGGAAGGGAACCCAGCCAAGGAUCCUGUGGUUCUGUGGCUCAAUGGCGGGCCUGGAUGCUCCAGCUUUGACGGUUUUGUGUAUGAGCAUGGAGCUUUUAAUUUCGAAGCGGCACAGACAAAAGGAGGUUUGCCCAAAUUGCAUCUCAAUCCAUACAGCUGGUCCAAGGUUUCCAACAUUUUAUAUCUAGAUUCUCCAGUUGGGGUUGGAUUUUCUUAUUCAAAGAACAAAAGCGAUUACAGUAUAGGUGACAUAAAGACUGCCUCGGAUUCACAUGCAUUUCUCCUCAAGUGGUUUCAGCUAUACCCGGAGUUCCUCUCAAACCCAUUUUAUAUUGCUGGAGAGUCAUAUGCUGGAGUAUAUGUGCCUACUCUUGCUUAUGAAGUAGUGAAAGGAAUUGAUGUGGGUGAUAAGCCUAUUCUCAAUUUUAAGGGAUAUUUAGUUGGAAAUGGGGUUACAGAUGAGGAGUUUGACGGCAAUGCUCUCGUUCCAUUUGCACAUGGGAUGGGACUGAUCUCGGACAACCUAUAUGAGGAAGUUACUGCUGCCUGCAAGGGUAAUUAUUAUAAUCCACUUAGUGCACCUUGUGAGAGGCAACUUGCAAAAGUUGAUAAGGAUGUACAAGAUUUAAAUAUUUAUGACAUUUUGGAACCGUGCUAUCAUGAAAAAGAUCCAAAAAAAGUUCUAGAUAUUAACAUUAGGUUACCAUCAACAUUCCGGAAGUUAGGUGAAACUGAUAGGCCUCUUGCUGUGAGAAAAAGGAUGUUUGGCCGAGCCUGGCCUCUUAGAGCUCCUGUAAGAGAUGGAAUUGUCCCGACAUGGCCCCAGCUUCUCAAUAUUGAGAGUGUUCCAUGCACUGAUGAUGAAGUUGCAACUUCAUGGCUUAAUGAUGCAUCGGUCAGGAAGGCAAUUCAUGCUGAAGAGGUAAGUGUCAACAAGAUUUCAUCUUGCAAAGUCUCAAAUGCAGUAAUUUUAUGAUGCUUUAGGAUCAAAUAGGCAAGUGUCGUCGGCAGUUGGGAGCUGUGUACAGACAAAAUUAUAUAUGAUCAUGAUGCUGGCAGCAUGAUCAAAUACCACAAGAAUCUUACUUCCAGAGGAUUCCGGGCCCUCAUAUUCAGUGGGGAUCAUGAUAUGUGUGUUCCAUACACUGGGAGUCAAGCAUGGACUAGAUCAAUUGGGUAUAAAAUAGUUGAUGAAUGGAGACCGUGGUUUUCCAAUGAACAAGUUGCAGGAUUUUUACAGGGGUACGAGAACAAUCUCACCUUUUUAACCAUCAAGGGAGCUGGGCAUACUGUUCCUGAGUAUAAGCCUCAAGAGGCGCUGGAUUUUUAUAGCCGGUUCCUGGCUGGAAACCCUAUAUGACAGAAAUACGUUCUUGCUUGAGUUAAAGUAGGUUCAUUCUUACAAGUUCUGAUAUUCCGGUAGUUGGAAAUAAAUGUCACUUAUACAUAGAGGGAGGAUAUAUAAAUUUAAUGGGAGUACUAGUUCCCAUGUUACAAAGAUAAAAGAAAAAGUGACAUGCACUGUGUAUGUUUCUUGUCUCUUCCCAUAGUACAAGAUAACCUUCGUUUCUCCUCUUAGCUAUGCAUAUCCGGAAUUUUAUCUACCAAAAAAUCAGUAGAAUUUGCUCGUUCCAAUCAUAAUUAAUGCCAGUUACACUG